CAGGUACAGGCGUUUGUAUUCAGAGCAAAAUGUUCUCCAAAAUCGUAGCCUUGUGCGGUUUGGUGGCGGCGUGCCAGGCUGGUCUCCUGCACCAUGCCCCGGCGGUGUCGCACCAGAAUAUCGUGCACCACGAACAACACCACGAGACCCCGGUGCACUACGUCCACGCCGCGCCCGCUUACCACGCCGCUCCCGCCGUCCAUGCCGCUCCCGCUUACCACGCCGCUCCCGCCGUCCAUGCCGCGCCCGCUUACCACGCCGCUCCCGCCGUCCAUGCCGCUCCCGCUUACCACGCCGCUCCCGCCAUCCAUGCCGCCCCCAUUCAUGCCGUCCACGCCGCUCCUGCUCACCACGAGGAGGACCACUAUGUUGAUGAAUACGCUCAUCCUAAAUACGGAUACUCGUAUUCCGUUGAGGAUCCCCACACCGGCGACCACAAAUCCCAGCACGAGACCCGUGAUGGUGAUGUCGUGAAGGGCGAGUACUCCCUGCUGCAGCCUGAUGGCUCCUUCCGCAAGGUCACCUACACCGCUGACCAUCACAACGGAUUCAACGCUGUGGUACACAACACCCCGCCGGUCAUCCAUCAUCAUUAAGAAGGCACGUUUACCCAAUCUGUGAUAUUAGAGUUAAUGUGUUCUAGUUUUGUCGCUAAGUCCAGUCCCUAAGUCUUCCAUGUGUUCUCAUUUUCAUUAGUGCGUAUCAUAUUUUGUUACGAAAUUUCGUAUUAUGUUACCUUGUAGCAAGUGGUACAAAGAGUAACCGCAUAUCUAUUGUAGACAUGCCCUUAUUACUCUUAGUUUUAUACUUCGUAGUACUGAACGGUUAGAAUACAACAUAUUUUAGUUACGGUUAUCACUUUGUAAUAUCUAUUUAGUUCUUUGAUGCUUCUGUAAAUAGAUACUUGUUGUAUAUAGUCACAAUGUAGCAAAUAAAAAUCAUGUUGAUACAAU